UUGUUUCUAUCACCAAAAACCUUGUUCUGUUCUGUUCUGUUCUGUUCUGUUCUUCAUACACAUGUAGAUCACAGAAUCAUUAAUUUAUAUACAACAUUGUUGUGAGUUGUGACAAUUGUCUUAACCCCAUUGAUUUAUGGUUUCAACACAGAAGAGAAUGAUCAUCACCCUUUUGAAGGGGAUGAUGGAAGAUGAUGAUCAAGUUUUUUCCAUGACCAAGAUGAUAAGGAGGAAAACAUGUUUGAUUAUGAUAAUGAUGAUGGGCAUGUUUGUUACAACAACAUAUGCAGCAGGUGACACAAAUAAUGUUUAUAGUCCAUGUCUUGAUGCUAAGGUUCAGACAGGAGAUGGUUUCACCUUUGGAAUUGCUUUUGCAUCAAACAAACAAUCUUUCUUACAGGACAAUGGUGGUCCUCAGCUUUCCCCUUGCGACCGCCGCCUCGGCCUCGCCAGCAACGGUGCAUCCGUUGCUGUCUUUAGGCCAAAAGUUGAUGAGAUCUCCUUACUCACCGUUAAUAGAAACGACACGGCUUCGGGUAGUGGAUAUAUGGUUGCAUUUGCUGGACAGAAGUAUGCCGCAAGAUCACUUCCAAUCAUGUUUGCUGAUAACACACACACAAUUACUAGCUUCACCCUGGUUCUUGAAUUUAGUGGAGGAACCCUUCAAAACUUGUUCUGGAAGAGUUACGGCUGCAAUUCGUGCUCCGGAGGAGGAAACAUUUGUCUGAACAAUACAGAUUGUGCAGUUCCAAACUCAAAGUGUCAAGAAAAUGGAGGUAGUGGCUGCAACAUAGGCAUACAAUUGGCAUUCUCAGGGACAGACAAGAAUCUUGAUGUUCUUAAUUCUUGGUAUGAAGUCAAGAAUCUAAGACAGUACUCUCUCUACACUCUAUACUCCAAUCUGCGCGACACCAUCGUCGCGCCGUAUGAAAAGUUUUUCUAAACUCCUAAACAUGUAAUUAAUUACUCUCUUGAUGAAAUUGUUAUGAGUCUAGACCAAAUUGGUUCCUUAAAUACUAAAUAACUGUUU